AGCAUUAGUUGUAGGUAAAUGAAUUACACUCCCUGUCCACAAGGCGGUGUCAGCAGUAGUUGUUGUUUUGUAUCAAUAUCAUAUUACAUGCGGAUGCAGUGUGGAUGAGGCAUCAGACGUUUCCCUCCGUCAAACUGAGCCUUAAUCAAAACCGGUGUCAAAUCAAGGUUCUUACAUCACUGACCAAGCACAAGAGGCAAUGGAUGGACCAGUAGCUGGCACCAAGCUCAUUCAGAGACACAAGCCAGAGCUACUGGAGGCCCUGAUGGGAGAUACAGAGUUCCUGCUUCAGCAUUGCCAUGCCAGUGGAAUACUGUCCAACAAUGAGUACAACAACAUCAAAGACAUUAACAUGCGUUCAAAGCAGGUACGGGACAUCUUGGAUUAUGUGAUUCACAAAGACAACAAGCAUGCUCUGAGUUUCCUCAAAUUGCUGAAAACACAAGACAUGCAAGAGACAUUUCCUAAACUGCAAUUCCUUCAAAAACUACAAAUCAACAAACGCAAGACAACAAAAAAUACAGAGACGACAGCCAAACGAAGGCAGGAGGUGUUGGAAAACGACAAUCUGCAGGAGCAGCUGUCUAUAAUCAACUCCAGGAUGGUGAGUGAGAGGGAGAUGAUGAUGGUGGCCGGCUACAUUGGGAACAACUGGAGGCAGGUGGGAAUAAUGGCACUAGGUAUGAAGACCACCACCCUUCAGCAGAUAGAGGAGGAUAACAAACUACACAAAGAGCGCGUUUUUGCCAUGCUGCGAAAAUGGAGCAUGCGUGAGAGGGACCAAGCCACAGCAACUCGACUCUAUUCCCUCCUAACCCAAGAGGAGUACGACGUAGACCCCCAAAAUAUCAACUUCCUAAUGGAAAACAACUGAGCCGACAGAGAGGACUGCUUUUAUGUAGCACUUUGCAUGUGCAGACAUGCAGGCAUACCACUAGAGGGAGCAAUAACUGCUAUUCAGUUACAUUGGAAAAAUGUUUACUUCUCAUUUUUGUGUUUGUUUGUUUGUUUGUUUGAUUAGAAAAGGCCAUGUAUAAAGUCAGCUAAAAGCUUGAAAUAAUAUGGAAACGUUUAAACGCAACAAGCUAAAAUGCGGGUAUUUAAAAUAUUUUCCUAAAACUCUUGAAAAUAUGCUUACAUUUUUUUUAAAAGAAUGUAAUGCAUAAAUUAAUUUUUUAAAGGGGCAGGACUGAAUUAACUGUCACAGCGUGAAGUUUUUUUUUUUUUAUUGAUGUGUUUUUUUAUGGCAUUAUUACUUAAUUGUUUUUCUGUUAAGCUUAUUUUCAUGUGAGAUCAAGCUCCAUUCCUACUCUUUAAAUUGCACUUCACUGUGUGUGUGUGUGUGUGCUUUCUGAAAUAUAACCACAUCAGCCGAGCCUGAUUUGUACCGUAGCAUUCCAUCUCAAUACAUUCUACAGAAUAAUGCAUUUCCCUUUUUAAGUAAAUGAAUGUGAAAGCUUUUAUCUAAGUCUUAAAACUUGAACCGAUUCCAUGAACAGAUAAGGAAGACUCAUGUUUAUGAUGGAAAUUUACAAAGAUUUAUGUUCCAAUAGAGGCCGCUAUCUGGCAACAUAACGGCGACCUUCGCUCUCUCGGCAAGUAUCACGUUGUUUCACCCUGAUGAAUUUUCACCCUGGUGUUUCACCCUUGUUCACCCUUGUUUUGCAUGCCAAGCAGGUGAUAGGAUUGGAGGCGGAGCUUUGUACAAUUCCAUUGCACAGGCCAGUCAUUAAACAGCGUCUAGUCCUUGCAGACUUCAUGGAAUCUUUUGCUUUUGGAUUGUUAAAUCUUUUUGAUUUGAUAGAUUGCAACCUAAUGUGGGAACAUUCAUUUCAAAGUGAAUAUCAUGCUUGCAUUAAUUGGAUCCUGUGAUUGUUAUUUUACAUUUUUGUCCUUCUAAAUCUCAUUCCCAUUUUGUAAAUAAUUGAUCAUGCUUCUGGUGUUGGGUUAUUUUUAAAAAAAAAAAGUAAAUAUAAAUAAAAAGAACUAAAUGAUUCAUUAUGAUGAAA